AUGGGUAACUACGACACUUUGUCAUCAGUCAUCACUCCUGCCCUCCUAGCUCAAAUCGCUGAGGGAUAUCUCCCAUUCCCCAAGGACAAAGAACUCAGCUUCUCAUACGUUCAAUCUGACGAAACAUCGGAACACUUCAAGAAAGUCUGCGCAUCGAGCACUGCCAAAGAUGCUCUUAUCGCCCUCGGCCGGCUGAGCCCUGAUGCGACUCUACCAGACUUGGACCUAAUGUCUCUCCUCCCACCACCCACUGCUAUAGACUUUCCGCAACAAUGCUUCGGUCUUCAACUUCUUCUUGAUCAAACAUCAAGAAUAUUCUUUACUGGUAUUCAUGCGCGAUGGCAGUCUGGUUACUUCGGGCCCCUUGGCAGACGUCCCGCAGGGCAGUGGCAUGCUUUACCAAAGGAACAACAACCGUACAAGUUUGAAAGAUGGAAGGCUGCAGGGUGCAAUAGUUAUAGCUAUUGGGUAGCUACCCAGACAAUGUGGGCGGCUCCUUUUCUGCACGCAGAGGACUUGGAGAGUCAGUCAACUGGUUUGGAUCUAUCAGAAGAACUACGCCAAGCUGUUGAGAAAUACACCGGGGUUGAUGAUACUUACCGGAGAACGAGAGACAUUACCUUGAAAGAUGACCUUCUCUUCCUGCGUGAGGUUGUUAAAGGUCCACCGGUCGAGGAUAGAGCCGAUAUCAGCAUGGCAACUUGGACGUACUGGUGGUGCAUGAUUCUGGAUGCUCACUGGCCCAUAAUCAAGCGAUUUGGUCGCUAUCCUUAUCGUAAUGCUGUUAUUGGGAGGGUCAGUACGGAGGAGGAAAGGAAUUGGUUGGAUGAUACUAGUCAUUUUGGCGAGGCACCUCCUGACGUUGCAGAACGGAUUCGAAAGGAUGUUAAGGAGGGAAAGUGGACACCACUUGGCCAAGAAUAA